AUGGUGGUCGAAGGCACCGGCAUGUCUGACGUGCCUCUUAAGAGCGCCCUUCCGCGGAAGAGCGCCUUCUCAUGUGAAGCUUGUCGCAAGCGCAAGGUUAAAUGCAACGGAGCUAGUCCGUCGUGUUCGAGAUGCGCCGCCCGUGGCGAGACCUGCGUCUACAGCUUGGCCCCAACUUUAUCCUAUACGAAACAGCUUGAGGCUAGAGUCGCCCAGCUGGAAGAUGCUCUCUCCAAGCUCCGUGGCCAAAAUGCCAAUAUAGAAGCACGCAAGGGGAGCUCUCCGGCAUCGGUGGCCGAAUCUAGCUCGAGCGCCGGUCGCAAAAUCAAAAUCGAGAAUGAUGACACACAGGAUCUGGCGAGAGAAUUCGAUGGCUUGAAUGUGGAAACUGACGGUCGCAUCUCCUUCCACGGACCGACCAGUUUGUUCCAGCUUCCAAGUGGAGUGGUGAGUGAGACGGCCGCGACGACUCAUGUUGUUCAGGAGCUGGAAGCUCGCAAGGAGCGACUCAUCAACAGUGCAUGGCGGGAACGUGCAUUUGAGCAGAUGGCUGCAAUGCCGGAGCCAUUCCAAUACCUACUUGAUUCUCAUUGGUGUUGGAUUCAGCCGUUGUUCAACUUUGUCUAUCGCCCAGCCUUCACUCGUGACAUGAAGAUUCAGGGCCCAUAUUAUUCGGAUGUCCUGAUGAACGCCGUCCUCUCCCAUUCCGUGCGUUGGUGCAAGGCAGAGCCCCAGAUCGGCCCGCUUCUAGACUCAUUCGACGGCGGCGCCCAAUUCUACCAGCGUGCCGUUUCGGGGCUCUUCGAGUCGCUCAAAGUUGGUUAUGCUAGUGUACCAACCAUUCAGACACUGCUGCUCCUUAGUGCGCAAGAAUGUGGUAAGGGCAACCGAACACAAGCCUGGCUGUAUAGUGGCAUGGCAUUCCGAGUUCUAGAUGAUCUAGGAAUCUCGAUCGAUAGUCGCAAAUAUCUCGGGGCGGCCCAGUUGAGCGACGAGGACAUCGAAAUUCGGAAUCGGCUAUUCUGGAGCUGCUAUUUCUGGGAUAAGAUUGUGUCUUUGUACUUCGGACGGGCACCGACAAUGCAACAUUCUCAAGUCAGCCCACCCCGCAUGAUACUUGACGACACUUCUGAAAUCGAAAUCUGGACUCCUCAUGGUGUUACAUUCCCCGAUGGAGCUCAUUAUCCACCUACACAGGCACAUUCAACCUCGUGCUUCAUCCAGAUGUGCGGCCUUGCUGAGAUCUUGAACCAAAUUUUGAUCCACAUCUACGAUCCUAUGCGCCAAAGCACCGAAGCGGAGUUCUUUGACUGUGUCCAGGAACAAGCGAAGAACCUGAGUGAUUGGUGGGAUGAGCUCCCCGAUUACUUGAAGCUUGUGGCUACGGAUCUACCCCCAUAUUCCCCACCUAGUCACAUCAUGACUUUAAAUUGCCUGUAUCACACCGUCAACAUCCUGCUUCAUCGCCCGAUUCUCUGCUCCCGUGGCUUGUUGAAGACCCGGCAAGAGCCAUACGAUAAGAGCCAUCUUGUUCAAUGUAUGGCCUCUGCAACCUCAAUCCUAUCUCUUUUCGAUCUAUACCGUCGCACAUUCGGCGAUAAUCACGUCGUCCUAUCUCAGGCCUACAGCAUCUACACCGCAGCAUCCAUAUUCCUGCUGGAGAUCCAAGCCCUCAAGUACGCUGCCCCCGGAACACUGGACAAACUCAAAUUCUGUAUAUUCGCCCUCGAGCGCAUCAAAGGAUCCAACCCCGUCAUCACCAUCGCCCUCAACCUCGUCUACCAAGAAAUCCAAAAGCUCCAAAUCGACAUCCACUUCACAAUGCCAGCCCAACCCUCAAACACAACCCAACAACAACAACAACAAAACCCACCACCCUCUCAACCUCACCCUCACCCCACCCAACAAAGCCAAUCUCCCUCCGUCAGCAGCAACCCCUCCCGCCACGUCUCCCCGGGCAUCCCACACCAACACCAGCGCCAACAAAGCCGUGCCACAAUGACUACACAACCCGGUACAUCUGGCCCGAGCACUAGCGCGUCCAUGAUCCCUGAAUACAACACAUUCCAACAACCGGUCACGGGCUUCGACUUGUCUCAUAUGGGCGAUAUGCCGCAAAUGCCUCCCACGCAUUUACUAGGUGGUAUGCCUAAUGCGUUGAUGACGGUCGAUGACCCGGGUUCUUAUGAGAUUACGCCGGAGGUAUUCGAGGCGUUUUCGUAUGCGCAGCCGAUGUCGACGACUAUGACUUCGUCUUUUGAGGGGGGGUGGACGGGUCAUACACAGUGA